AUGAAUAUACCAUUAAUAACAAUUGUCCUGUUAACAAUGGUUUCCUCAAAAUAUCACCCUUCAGUCGCCAUACUGUUAGACUUACAAUCAAAGAAAGCUCAACUGGAUAAAAUGUUAGCAAGUGUAAAUUGUUCAUGGAUGAAGCCAUCAGUUGUAUGUCGUGGACAUUUACUUAAUAGAUCAUGUUUUAAAUAUGGAUGUACUAAUUGUCGAUGUAUUCAACUAGAAGGUAAUAAAACGCUUACACUGCAGUGUUAUCAACCACUGGAGAUUAAAGUCUGCACUAGACAUCCUUAUUUAGCUUGUACGAUGAAUAGUAUUGCAUUACAAUGGUCAGAGUUUACUAAAUACCAAUGUGAAUGGUAG